AUGGAUACCCUACACGCGCGCGCCGACUGGGAAAGCGUGGGGGACAGGUGGUUCCGCAAGACGCAGCAGUACACCGAGGUGUUCGACCAGGACCUGGACCUCGACAACUACAUCGUCGCCGGCGCGCCGUACGCAGGUGCGCUGGCGCUGUGGCGCGACGAGACCAAGAUACUGGCGCACCAGCCCGGUGUCUCCUCGAAGCCGUCGAUAGACAUCUACAGCCUCGCCGGCAAGAAGAUUCGCAGCAUCCCGUGGGACCGCGGCGCGAUCAAGGGGCUGGGCUGGUCCGAGGACGAGUCGCUGCUGGUGGUCACCCCGGAUGGCAAUGUGCGAUGCUACGACUUGCAAGGCGACUUUAGCAACUUCUCUCUGGGCCACGGCGCGGAUAAUUAUGGCGUGGAGUCGUGUCGGUUUUAUAACAACGGCAUGGUCGCACUGCUAGGAAACAAUGCCUUCGUCACAGUCUCGUCCUAUACCGAGCCUCGACCGAGACAGCUGGCCACGGCUCCCGAGGGCGAGAUCCAUUCCUGGGCCAUCAUCUCGCCGGACCACACCCUCUCGCGCUCUGUCGAGGUGCUGCUCAGCCUGGGGUCGACCGUCUACGUCCUGGACGCCGUGGACUGCGAGGACCGCAUGAUUGACUUUGGGCCGUUUAGCCACAUCACCGUGUCCCCGGACGGGCGGUACGCGAACCUGUACGGCGUCAACGGCCAGGCUCGCGUCAUCUCCAGUGACUUUCAAGACAUACUCUUUGUCCACGACUCGGACUCGCAAACGCCCCCCAAGUAUGUGGAGUGGUGUGGUAGUGAUGCCCUUAUCGCGUGGGAAGACGAAGUGCACAUCAUUGGCCCGGGGAACCAGUCUUCCUCGUACAUCUAUGACAGCACCCGUGUUCACGUUGUAUCAGAAUACGACGGCGCUCGGUUGAUCACAAACGAUUAUUGCGAGUUCCUCGAGCGGGUGCCGAGUGACACGCUCCAGGUGUUUGGGCAUGCGUCGGAAUCGUCGCCCGCGUCCAUUCUUCUCGACGCCGUAGGCCAGCUAGAGAUUGAGUCACCCAAAGCCGACGACUACAUCCAACUCAUCCGGCCGAACCUGACUGAGGCUGUCGACACCUGUGUCAAUGCGGCGGGCCGCGAGUUUGACACGAAAUGGCAGAAGCGGCUCCUCAAAGCGGCCUCUUUCGGCAAGUCGGUACUGGAUAUUUACAACAGUGACGACUUUGUCGACAUGUGCGAGACCCUGCGAGUGCUGAAUGCCGUCAGAGACCACGAGGUCGGCAUGCCGCUAUCGUUUGAGCAAUACCACCGAGUAACACCGGAGAAGCUGAUCCAGCGACUGCUCAACCGCCACGACUACCUGCUUGCUCUCAAGAUAGCCGGCUACCUCAAGCUGCCCUCAGACCGCAUAUAUGUGCACUGGGCGUGCAGCAAGGUGCGCAUCGGUGGCGAAGAUGAUGACACGAUUUGCCGCGUGGUGGUGGACAGACUGUCUGGAAAGCCAGGCAUCUCGUUUGAGGAAAUUGCCCGGGCCGCGUAUCACGAGGGCCGGGGCCGCCUGGCCACGGAGCUGCUUAACCAUGAACCUCGUGGCGGGAGGCAAGUGCCGUUGCUCCUCGACAUGGAAGAAGACGAGCUUGCACUGGACAAGGCCAUCGAGAGCGGAGACACAGACCUCAUCCUGUAUGUGCUGCUAAAGCUGAAGAAGAAGCUGCCACUGGCUGCUUUCUUCCGGGUCAUCAACGCCAGGCCAACAGCCACAGCCAUGGUCGAGGCGUCGGCUCUCCAAGAGGGAGACAAUACCCUGCUCAAGGAUCUUUACUACCAAGAUGACCGGCGAGUGGAUGGAGCUCUCGUCUUCAUCCGAGAGUCGCUCAACCAGCCUGACGCGCGCACUGCCUCUGACAAACUGGCCCUGGCGGCAAAGCUGCUUGGCGAUACCAAGGAGGCGAACCUGGAGCUACAUGCGCUGAACCAGACGACAAUGCUCCUACGACUACAAGCAGCAUUCGAUCGAGACUUGACAGACACGUUCAGUGGGCUGAGCGUUGAUGAGACACUUUUCAAACUGAUUCGGCUCGGGUACAACAGCCAGGCAAAGAAGAUCCAGAACGACUUUAAAGUCCCGGAAAAGGUCGCCUGGUGGAUCCGAUUACGCGCGCUGGUGGCGAAGCGAGAGUGGAACGAGAUUGAGGAAAUGUCCAAGCAGAGGAAAAGCCCCAUCGGCUGGGAGCCCUUUUUCAACCUCACGCUUCAAGCCGGGAACCCGCGCCUGGCGGCCGUAUUCAUACCCAAGUGCACGGGGCUGGAGCCCGGGGAGACCAUCACCAUGUACGAGAAGUGCGGCAUGCGGGUGCGCGCGGCGGAAGAGGCGGUGCGGCUCAAGGACUACGCGGCGUGGCAGCGACUGCUCGAGGCGGCGGGACGGGGCUCGCAGGAGGGGCGGGAGAUUGAGCGCCUGGGAGCGACGGUGUUUGCGAAGAAGUAG